GCACCAGGGCCCCGUUCAAUUUGAGUGUGUAGUGUAUUAGUGCGGAGUGGAAAUCCAAUAGCUUUUUAAACGUCGACGCGGCCCGUUUUCCCGUCUUUAUGUGGCACCAUCUUCAAGUAAAACGCGUUCACUGAGGUGUGAAGAACGGGUCCGCGUUCCACUAGUCACCAGUAGUGUUAACUCCUCCUCCACAAAUCAGUGGCUUGCGAGGGCUCGCUCUACUAGAACGCUUUAGCGUCUUUUUCACAUAGAUAGUUGCGAAAAACAACAGUAGUUAUGUUUACCCUCUCUGAGUUUAUGGUAAUUUUAGCUAUGUUGUCCGCAACAGCGUCAGGUUAUUUUGUAAGCAUAGACGCUCAUGCAGAAGAAUGUUUAUUUGAACGAGUCAACUCUGGUACCAAGAUGGGCCUCAUGUUUGAGGUGGCCGAAGGCGGUUUCCUUGACAUCGAUGUGGAGAUCACAGGUCCAGAUGGGAAGCAGAUUUAUAAAGGAGACAGAGAAUCCAGUGGAAAGUACUCUGUGGCUGCCCAUAUGGAUGGCACAUACAAGUUCUGCUUUAGCAAUAAGAUGUCCACCAUGACGCCCAAGAUUGUCAUGUUUACCAUUGACAUCGGAGAGGCCCCCAAGGGAGACGGCAUGGAGACGGAAGGUGGUGGAGACACCUGGGACGCCCACCAGAACAAGCUGGAGGAGAUGAUUAAUGAGCUAGCAGUUGCCAUGACGGCAGUAAAACACGAACAGGAAUACAUGGAAGUCCGAGAGAGAAUACACAGAGCAAUUAAUGACAACACAAACAGCCGAGUGGUGCUUUGGUCCUUCUUUGAAGCGCUUGUGUUGGUAGCUAUGACCCUGGGACAAAUCUACUACCUGAAGAGAUUUUUUGAGGUGCGGAGAGUUGUGUAAAACAUGCUUUUUUUCCAACUCCAAAGUGAGUCAUCAUUCACUUGAACCAUUAGCCGCACCAUACUACAAAGUUGGAAAUCAAACAACCUCUGAAAAGCCUUUUCCUUAUCCAAUCUCAUGUCUGUUUUCCUCUUCAGGCCAUGGUACAAUGUAUGUUUUUCCAAUCGAGGAGAACUGUCUUUGCAUUGACUCCUCAGACUUUGAUAUCAAUAGCACUGAAGAGGGUAUUAUACAUUUUUGAUCAAGAAGAGUAUUUAUGCAUUCAAACCCACUGCCCUAAAACUAUGCCAGGAGGAGGUUUUGUAGUAAGUUGUGCACACAUUAAAUACAACACUGGGCUUGGAAUGAUAAUUGUUAGACAACUGUUCAGCUUGCUCUAGAUGUUUUUUAGGGAGUAUAUUUUGUUGUACAAAUAACUUUUGUUUUAACACCUACCGUGCCAAUCAGUCACAGUAUGCAAAAUGCAUAUUUAAUGGAAAAAGUAAUGGCAUAUAAUCGUACUGUAUGUAUUUAAGACUGUUACAUUUUGGGGUAAGAUGCAGAAUAAGAAAAGCCUUGGUGUGAGAUCUGAGCUAUUGUUGCCAGUUUGAAGUAGUUGCUUGAGCAUUUAUUGUUCUAGUAUUGUACUUUAUCAAAUGAGUACAAUUUUGUACAGAUUUUAUUCUACUUUGUAUUGGUAGUUAUGUUCAAUGUUUUUUCUGGUUUAGCAGAGGGUGACAUUGGUCACAACGGGGUGAAUAACAGAUACAGAGCUCAGACUGAGUCAAAUUAAAAUGUGGAUGAACUUAUGACCCAAAUCCAGUUCAUAAUAAAGUGUUUCCUUGUCCUCUUGA